GUGCGUUUGAACUUUGAAACGGACUGAGUUAACUAUGAACACUGAGAGACUGAGAGCCUACUCACAGCUGAGUGCAGACGAGAAUGGAGACACCCGGCCGUCCCCGAGCCCUGGAAUAAACGAAACUCAGCUGUUUGAAGCACAGAAGAUGUUGAAAGAUGACUUGGAAGCUGUCAAAAGGCACCUGUUCGCCCAAGCGAAGUCCGUGGAAGCCUUCAAUCGAACCAUCACCCUGCUGGAAAGAGAGAGAAGCCAGCAGUUUAACAAGAUCAGAGCAUUUCAAGAGGAGCUCCGCAGGCUAGGCCAGGUUGUGGACAGACAGAACCAAGACUCCCAGCUAGAGAAGCGUUUCCAGGCCCUGAGCCAGGAGCUGUCUGGGAAGCUGCUCUUCCUUCGAGGCCUCAUUGAGCAGGGAACCACCCAGCACCUCCAAACUCCACUCCCAGGCUGCAGCCCGGGCCUACCCCUGUGUGACAGUCAGAGACAGGAGGCCCUCAAUGACAUCACCCAGGAGAUAUCCGAGAGCAAGAAGUUCUUAUGGGAAGAAAUGGAGGCGAUCAGGGCAGAAAUUGAUGACAUCAAGCAGAAACUCAAGCCCCAAGAGGAGAGCUGGGUGAGGGGUGUGGAUGAUGACAAGGCAGGAGGAAUGGGACGAGAGCGCUGUGGUCAGAACGAGGAGCGUCUGACUGACGGCUGUCAGAGCAGCCUUCACAACGAGGAGAGAGAGCAGGAGAUCACAGCUCUGAGGUCGGCAAUCAUCGAGCUGCAAGAGCAAGUCCGAAUCCUUCUCGUCUCCAAAAACAUGCCGACCGGAGUGCGAGAGAGGCGCAGACGGCAGAGAAAGCUGGUGAGGAGGGUGCUGGCGACGGGCAGCACCACGGGCGAGAGCGAGGACUCUGAUAUCGGCCGGGCAUUCGGUCUGGCGCCUGAGAGCGAGGGACUGAGCUCCUCUGCCGAGGACAUGAAUCGGGCAGGCCGGCAGCAGCCCUAGUGUGAACGAGCUGUCGGGGACACAGAAGUCUUCACACCAGUCCAAUCUUCAACGCCUUACCCAAACACAGCCAUUCACCUCCAAGCCUCCAAUGCUCUUGUGCGUUUGGACUCUUUCAGUUCUGACAGUAAUAAAAAUAAAAACCCAUGCCGGGCAGCACCACUGCUGGAGUUACUAGAGAGCGUUUUCCUGCUCUCAUUUCACACCGACAAAAGCAGCCAAGUUAGACAAGCUUCACUCCUACACAGUGUAUUUUAAUGGUCUAGAGUGGCGAUGUUAAGUAUGCCACAAACACACUGUCAAUUCAAGAGCAGAGGUGUGAAAGUGGACGACUGUGACGUAUAUGAAACAGUAUGUACAGAAUAUCAGAAAUCAACCAAUCACAGUGCAGCAUUUGCCAAAACUCCAGCACAUCUUAUCCUCUGUACAGAACACCGCACCUAAAUCCAAUACGCAAAAACACACACACUGGGUUCCGUUUAGACCCGACACACAACGUAGUCAAACAUCAUUAAACAAAAAGCACUUUUAAAAAAAGGUGGUCAUUCGCUAGAUUUCACAGGUAAAAACAGAACACCUGUGUCUAAUUACUACAUGUUUUCAUAGUAAAUACAGGUGCACUUACACAGAAUGAAUUAUCAUUUACAACGUACCAGCGUGUAAAUCAUUUUGCAUGAUAUAUGCAAGCACACAAUUGUAUCAGGAAACGGCUUGGGAUUACAUCAUGUAACACUAAAUAAAAAUGACACAUUAAAUACAUUGUAACGAUGCACAGUAACUAGU